AGCUGAAAAGGUCUCUCUACGCCCUGUUUUCUCAGUUUGGCCACGUCGUGGACAUUGUGGCUCUGAAGACGAUGAAGAUGAGAGGACAGGCCUUUGUGAUAUUUAAGGAGCUCGGGUCGUCCACCAACGCCCUGAGGCAGCUGCAGGGCUUUCCGUUUUAUAGCAAACCCAUGCGCAUCCAGUACGCGAAGACAGACUCCGACGUCAUUUCCAAGAUGCGUGGGACCUUUGCGGACAAGGAGAAGAGGAAAGAGAAGAAGAAGUCGAAGCUGCUGGAGCAGUCCGCGAACGCAGCGAAGAAGCCCAACCAG